UUGGCAUGUUGUACAGAGCCCUGUGAAUAUUUCACAGACGAAGCCUCCUUUCAUCGGUGAAACGGUAGUGGAUUAAUCGCGCCUGGCUGUCAGACAGACAUGACAUGUUCCACUUGAUACACAGAUUGAAGACUCCACUGCUGUCAUAUGGAAGAACGCGCACAAUGUCCCAACUGAUCAACAUGGAGAAGCCCUGCAUACUGGCCACUACCUUCGGAUCACCUGGAGGCAUCUACAAACGCUUUGCACCUGUUGUCGAGAAACACUUCACCAUUAUCCCAUAUGAGACAUUCCCGCCAGACCAGAAGAAUUUGUCCGAACAGGUCAAAGUAGUAUUUGUAUGGGGUGGUGCCCUGAAGGUUGACAGAGGUCUGAUGCAGUCUCUGCCUAACCUCAAAGUGGUGGUUAACGGAGGGGUGGGAGUGGACCAUCUGGACAUACCCAUGAUCAACAGCUUUGGGGUGAAGGUGUGCAACACCCCUCAUGUUGUUGACAACGCCACUGCCGACAUCGGGAUGGGCCUGAUGCUGGCGUCUGCAAGGAAGAUCGUCGAAGGUCACCAUUACUCCCUAACCCAUAACAAUGAGGACUUGCCAGAGAGCUCCAUGGGUAUGGAUGUCAGCGGGGCCACCCUGGGCAUCAUCGGUAUGGGGAGGAUAGGAUACAAGGUGGCCAGGAGGGCACAGGGAUUUGAUAUGAAGAUUCUCUAUCAUAAUAGGAACCGCAGGAGAGAGGAAGAGAGAGCAGUGGGGGCGACGUACUGCCCCAACAUGGAGGAUCUGCUCCAGCAGUCAGACUUUGUGAUGGUGGUGGUGAACCUGUCACCUGCCACCCAGAAACUGAUCGGUGCCAAGGAGCUAGCCAUGAUGAAACCCACCAGCACUCUCAUCAACAUCAGUAGAGGCCGCGUUGUAGACCAAGAUGCGUUGGUGGAAGCCCUCCAGAAGAAAGUGAUCCGAGCUGCUGCACUGGAUGUGACUUAUCCUGAACCCCUACCAAUAGGCCACCCCCUUGCUGCUCUUCCAAACGUCAUUAUCCUGCCCCACAUGGGGACACACUCCGUUGAGACCACCCAGAUAAUGGUGGAGAAGAUGGUGACCAACGCCCUGGCAGCACUGGGAGGGAACCAGCCUCCUGAUGAGGUCAAGGUGUAGGUCAGAUAAGUUUCCCCUAGGUACAGAUCUAGGAUCAGCUUAUUUCCCCCAAUCCUAACCUGAAUCAUUAGUGGGCGAAAUGCAAAAUGUAAAACCAAAAAUCAGCGUCUAAUGGCAACUUCACCCUAUUCCUCAGGAAUCGCCCUGGACCCUCCAUGACAGUUUUAACUAGCUGCCAUGCCUUAGAGCAGGGGUGUCAAACAUACGGCCCCGGCCUGCGAGGGGGUCCAAUCCGGCCCAUGGGUGGUUUGAAUAGCCUCAAACAUUUUAGACAAGUUAUAAAUAGCUCUCUAAGGUAUGCAAUAACUAACGAGACAAGAGGAACUGAUGAUCCACUACCCAAUUUCGAAAUUGCACCUUGUGCAUUGUACUAUUACAACUUUCAAGAGUAAGUUUAAAGCCGGACUGAGUCCCUUAAAACAUUAAAUAUAAAGCCGGACCCCCGCACCCCCCCUUCCGACCCCUCAGUUUGGGAACCAUGGUCGUAAAAGUCUGAAUGCGGCCUUAGAGGGUCGUAACUUCCACAAUCACUGAUCUAGCAGAACAUGAAAGGAAGGAUGGUGUAAAUCUAUCCAGUGGUGAUGAAGGAAAUGAAGACAUUUAGUAUUGAGACACAGCCACCACAAAGCCGUAUUGAGACACAGCCACCACAAAGCCGUUAUUGAGACACAGCCACCACAAAGCCGUAUUGAGACACAGCCACCACAAUGCAGCAGUGUCACUGAUCACAGAAGUCUUCACCGUCCACAUUAAUAAGCACCUAAUCAUAGCACCAUCCUGGACAAUUCUGUAUAAGUUAUGACACUGUAGAUAAUAAAAUGUUGGAUAGAAAUUGAAUAUAUUGCUUCUCAAUGGUGAAUAUGCCUUCUCAGAGAGUACAUGGAAAUAUACUGUAAUUCCUAUCACUUCAUAAUAAUAAUAAUAAUAAUAUGCCAUUUAGCAGAUUCAUAUUGGGGAGUUGACCUGAAUGCAAUAACCAUUGACUGUUGAUUUAACUAAUUAUAACCACUGAUUUUAAAGUUUUGGAGCAUUAUGCAUACUGUAUUUCUAACUGCACAAUAAAUAACUUGACAGAUCUGUA